ACGUCCGACGUUAUCUGAAUAUAUUUUUUAUGUGUGGCUUUAAAUAAUGGAAUUAAAUUAUAAUUUGUUCGUGCGUCCAUGAAAAACACUAAAGAGACAAGCCAGCUAUCUGGUUUAGCAUUAGCAGCGCUGCGUGUGUACCGUUAGCUGUUGGUGUCGCUGUAUGUGUGUGAUGGUUUUAAUGCACAUUUGCUCCGUUAUUAUUAUUUAGCACCUUGUCUGUUUUUUGCUUUAUGCAAUUAAACAAACUAGAUUAAUCUGAACUUCUGCACCUUGAGCACAGUUUGGGCUCUUCAUAUUUACCUUUACAUGACAGGUAACUGCAAAAGCAAAUCAGGACAGUGACACUUGAAGUCAGAAGUUGACAUGGCAGAAGAGUUGGAUGAUUUUGAUGCAUCACACAUACUUAUUUUGUUCCAGAUCAUCACCAGCCGUGAUAAAACGCUGCUGUCAUGAGUGACAUUCUGGAGUUUAAUGACAUUUAUCAGGAGGUGAAGGGCUCCUGGAAUGACGGGCGUCUGAGAUUCAGCAAGCAGAUGAUUGUAUAUAAGAGCAGUAAGACAGGAAAGGUGGACAGCAUCCCUGUCCCAGAACUUACUCAGGCCCAGUGGAGGAAAGUCUGUCUUGGUCAUGGCAUUAAACUCUCCACCAGCACCGGACACGUGUAUAAAUAUGAUGGCUUCAAAGAUUCUGACUUUGAGAAAAUCUCCGAGUAUUUCAAAGCGAAUUACAAAGUGGAGCUGAGUGAGAAGGACUUGUGUGUGAAAGGCUGGAACUGGGGCACGGCUAAAUUCAGCGGCCCACAGCUGUCAUUCGAAGUGAGCGACAACCCCGUGUUCGAGAUUCCGCUCUGCAGUGUGUCCCAGUGCACGACUGGGAAGAACGAGGUCACGCUGGAGUUUCACCAGAACGACGACACGGAGGUGUCGCUCAUGGAGGUGCGAUUUUACGUCCCGCCCUCCUCAGGGGACGAGGUGGCAGAUCCAGUAGAGGCGUUCGCUCAGAACGUUCUCUCUAAGGCCGACGUGAUUCAGGCUACAGGAGACGCUGUGUGUAUCUUCAGAGAGCUGCAGUGUCUGACACCCAGAGGAAGGUAUGAUAUCAGGAUCUACUCCACCUUCCUGCAUCUGCACGGGAAGACGUUCGACUACAAGAUUCCGUACACCACAGUCCUGCGACUGUUCCUGCUCCCCCACAAAGACCAGAGGCAGAUGUUCUUCGUGAUCAGCCUGGAUCCUCCCAUUAAACAGGGUCAAACCCGCUACCACUUCCUAAUCCUGCUCUUUUCCAAGGAUGAGGACGUCAACCUCACCCUCAACAUGAGCGAGGAGGAGGUGGAGCGGCGCUUCGAGGGGAAGCUGAGUAAGAACAUGUCUGGCUCGCUGUAUGAAAUGGUCAGCAGGGUUAUGAAAGCUCUGGUCAACAGGAAGAUCACAGUGCCUGGAAACUUCCAGGGUCACUCGGGUGCUCAGUGUAUUACCUGCUCGUACAAGGCCACGUCAGGACUGCUGUAUCCUCUGGAGAGAGGCUUCAUCUACGUGCACAAGCCUCCGGUCCAUCUGCGCUUUGAGGAGAUCGCCUGUGUCAAUUUUGCCAGAGGUACCACGACCACGCGCUCCUUCGAUUUUGAAAUUGAGACCAAGCAGGGGAACCAGUUCACCUUCAGCAGUAUCGAAAGAGAGGAGUAUGGAAAACUGUUCGACUUUGUCAAUGCUAAGAAGCUCAGCAUCAAGAACAGAGGAUUCAAAGAGGGUAUGAAGGUCAGGGAGGACUUGUAUAGCGACUCUGAUGAGGAUCAGCACGACGCUUACCUGGAGCGCAUGAAGCAGGAGGGGAAAAUUCGUGAGGAGGCCAACGACAGCGACGACUCGGAGGCCGGCAGCGAUGAAUCAUUUAAUCCCGAAGAUGAAGAUGAUGAAGUAGCAGAAGAGUAUGACAGUAAGGCCUCAGCCAGUGAAAGCAGUGCUGAUGACGAUGCCGACAGUGAUAAUGAGAGGAAAAAGAAACCGAUCAAAAAGGCCAAAAUUGUGAAAGAGGGAAAACGCAAAAAAGAGAAGAAGAUAAAAGACAGCGGCGCCCCCAAGAGGCCAAUGAGUGCCUACAUGCUUUGGCUGAACUCCAGCCGAGAGCGCAUCAAAGGCGAAAACCCCGGAAUAUCGGUCACCGAGAUCUCCAAGAAGGCUGGUGAGAUGUGGAAGCAACUGAGCAAGGAUAAAAAAGAGGAGUGGGAGGGAAAAGCAGAAGAAGCGAAGAAAGCAUACGAACGAGCAAUGAAGGAGUACAAAGAGAGCGGCUACUCAAAAAAAGAAAGUAAGAAAGCAGGGCGGAGUGAGGAGAAAAAGAAGAAAAAGAAGAGCGCCGGGCAAAAGGAGAGAGAGCGAGACAGGACGCCGGGGAACGACAGCUUUAAGAGUCGAGAGUUCAUCUCCAGUGAGGAGAGUUCAUCCGAGUCUGACCGGGGCAAGGGACGCAAGCGCAAGGGUUCAGAUGAUGAAGAGGAACUGGCCAGCACUCCACAGACCUCAGGGGAGUCUGGAUCAGACUGAGACACGAGUGCCGAAACCGCUACCAAGAGCAAAAGGAAAAGAGAUUUCUGUCCCUAAAGCAUCGAUAAUCUAUACAGUGUGGGUCAAAAGUCUAAAACUACUAGUGGAAAAAAUCUAUUUUACAUUUUCCUUGAAUUUAAUCUGAUGUUUUUAAUUCAAGUAAUCAAAUCAGCAGUUUGAGUAAAAAGUUAAAUCUGUAAAAAAAUGUCCAAAUGCGCAUUUUAGAAUUUCGGAGUAUUUGGUAUGUUACACCCUUUCUGUGUAGCACGGUGGCUAAGUGGGUAGCACUGUCGCCACUUCAGCAGGUGGGGCGGUCCGGGUCCUUGCGGUCUGUGCGGAGUUUGCAUGUUCUCCCCUUGACUGUGUGGGUUUCCUCCCACAGUCCAAAAACAUGCAGCCGGGUUAAUUGGAGACACUGAAUUGUCCUGUAGGUAUCCAGCCGCUAGGAUGCACAAACCAGUGCGUUGUAGUGCCGGUCCCAAGCCCGGAUAAAUAGGGAGGGUCGUGUCAGGAAGGGCGUCCGGCGUAAAAACUGUGCCGAAUCAAUAAUGCGGAUCACGAUCCGCCGGCGACCCCUAACGGGAGCAGCCUAGGAAAUAGAUAGCCUUUUUGUGUAAUGAUUAGGACUCUACUAAAUUCACAGGAAAAUGUGCUUAAUUUUACGGACGUCUUAUGUGCCACAAUAAAUGACACUCAUAAAUUUAAUGAUAGAAUAAAUAGAAGCUACACAACACAGCACAGCUCCCUUAAUAGUUGAAUGUCAACCUAGAACAUCCAUCGACGGUGCGAGACUUCAUGUUCUGUCUCAAAUACGAAAAUUCUCGUCCAUGUUUAGACCCCCUUCUGAGUCCACAGAAUUAGUUGUUAGUUUUCCAAACUCAGUUACUCGAGUCGUGUUUUUAGCUACUUUAGACGUCUAGUAUAACCUGUCUAAUAUAUUGUUGGUGUAACCGAGCGUCUGUAGAGUUGCUGAGUUUAUAAAGAAAGAAAUAAACUGCACAUAGACAAACAGUCGGGAGCAGAAAACUUUACUGGUUUGUUCUUUUGAGCACAGACUACAGAAAGAUGAUCACGUGUGUAGAGAAGCACACUUUUACAUUGCUUAUGGAAUCUACAGAGGGACAAAAUGGGCUCAACACACAUCAAACACCUUAGGUAGAGCCUUAGUAAUAAUGUACAGCAAACGUAAGUCUGUGAAAGGCACUAAAUAACUCACAUUUAUUAUCUUUUAUCUUAUUAUUUAUUAUUAUUAAGUACAAUUGUGUGCACUGAAUAAAAGGUCCGGGUGGAAUAUGAAGGUGGUGGUGAUUGGUUCCAGGGAUUAUGUGCAGGUGUUGUAAAUGAUCUUGAUUGCUGAUUGUGACCUUAAUGAGGUUUAGGACAUGUGACUAUGGGGAACAGUCCAUAAAAGGUCUUCAAGUAGUUGUUGUGAAGCUACUGGAAUGAAAAAUACUGUAAUACAGUUUUAAACUGGUAAAUAGAAGCAGUGUUAGUAAAGGAGUCAGACAUUUGGCCCCCACUGUAUAUAUUUACAUUUUAUUUUAACUUAAUAUUUUAAUCCGUAAAUACGCUUAUAAUUCUGUUUCACACAGAUUAAAUAGUAUUACAGUCUAAAAAAAGAUGGAUUGUGUAUCUUAGAUGUCAGAUGUGUAUAGAAUAGUGUAGUUACAGUGUGUGUGUGUGUAAAUGUGUUUUGUAGUUUAUAUUGGUUUAAUAGUUCAAUGUUCAAAAAAAUCACAAAUAAAGACUUCUAAUCUGUUUAA